AUGACAUUGCAUCGUUCACCCAUCACUUGUGAGUGUCUACUUUUCACAGCUCUCAUUUCUCCAAAAAGGAUUUUGAGCCACAUGGAGAACAUGCCUUUAAGCUACCCAGGUCCCCAGGGAGCACAGAGAUGGUCCUAUAAGCGAUGGCUCCUCUGCUCAGCAAUACUUCUGACGGUUUGCUCUUUCAGUGCACUAAUCCUUCCUUUUCUCCCACUCAAGCAGGCUGCUACAGACUCCUGCCAGGCCAAGUUUGGACCAUUACCCUCAAAAUGGCAAAUGGUACCUCCUGAACCUUCUUGCAUGAAUAAGACAUCUGACUGGAAGCUGACAAUCCUUAAGAAUGGCUUGUAUUUGAUUUAUGGACAAGUGGUUUUUGAUACAACUUACAAAGGAGUUGCUCCUUUUGAGGUGCAGCUACGUAAAAACAAGGAUGCCGUACAGACUCUAACAAACAACUUUAAAAUCCAAACUGUAGGAGGGACUUAUGAACUGCACACUGGAGACACAAUAGGUUUGAUAUUUAACAGUGAAGACCAGAUUCUAAAAAGUAACACCUACUGGGGGAUCGUCUUAGUAGCCAACCUUCAGUUCAACUCCUAGAAAUUUGAUUUGGUUUCCUCAUCCUAUCUGGCAUAUGCAGAGACGGUGGGCGGUUGGAGGGGACAGAUCUUCAGUGCCUGUCGUUUGUCAGGGUAUACAAAUCAAAACAAACUCCUCUACAUGUGAGAUUUUUUUUUUUCUCUCAUGCUCAUCUGAAAGUGACUCAAAAAAAGGGCCAUAGGUUUUUGGUUACCCAUGACACUGGGUCUUCAAAGAUACUUCAAUAAUCCAUGACAAAAUGAAUACAGGUGGCACAGGACAGAAACCCUGAAAGAGAUGUUUUUUUUUUUUUCAAUCCUUGAAUCCCUAGGUGGAAAAAUGAGGUCCUAUUUCCAUGGGAAUCUUAUCUGGUUUGCUAAAAGGGUGUAGGGUCAUGGCCUGUUCUCAUUUUUUUGAUCUGCUUUAUCAUUCUUCCCCUACAUCCAUCUCUGAGAGUCUCCCAAUAGAAAGUAGGCAGGUUGGUGGGUUGGCAACAGUUGUAGCAAGAACACCCUACUAUAGAUGCAGUGUUUCUAGAAGUUACAGAACACUCUUGAGACUACUGGGACUAUACGAGUACAUGAAAUGGAUAGUACUGUUUAUGGGAAUUUCCCUUUGUUUCAUCAUACUCAGAAUACAGGGUUCUUUACAAAACCAAUUGGUCAAGGAGGUCUUUCUGAACCUUCACCUAGAGCUUCAAUGUUUAUGUGUCUAAAUAAUGUCAAUUGUAAAUUAAGACUCACCAUUAGAAGACUCACCGUUAGUAAUCAAUAGAUUUAAUACCAGAAAUUGGUAUUUCUGUUGUUAUAUUAUGUUAAGUAAUGAUUUCAUAUUUUGAGCUAGUUUUCCUCAGUUUGCAAAAUGCUUUCAUAUACCACAUGGCAACUCUAUGAAGUUAAUGGAGCAAGUAUUUUUGGCAAAAUUUUAACAGAAUGUAGAAGCAGAUGCAACCUAGGUAUCCUGCCUUGACUCAACUAGAGAUGAAUUACUUGGGCUUUUCACUGUAACAGAUGUUUUAGCUUCAGAACUCAAACAGUGUGAAACAGUGGAAAAAAUUUUCUAAAAAUAAAACUUUCUAAAAAAAAUUUUAGAUUCUAUUAAAGCUUACUGCUUAUAGGUUCUUGUCAAAAGAUAUGUAACACUGCAUUUUAAGACAAUUUAAAUAUUUAUGGAUAUUUGUGAAAAAGCUAAAUUCUGCUAUCACAUUAUACAUCUAUAAAAAUAAUUUUCAGAAGAUAUUUUCCCUUCAGCACGGGGUAAAGUGAAGCUUCCAUGGACCUCUCUUUUACCAGCAAACUGACUCCCUUCCUUGCCUGGAGCAGGGAAUCCUGUGGUUCUGCUUGGGGCUCACUCCCUCCAAGUUCACCUCCUUCCUUCAAAGAGUCCAUGUCGGUCAAAUGUGCUAACUUCUAAAAAUAAUAAAUAGCACUGAAUUUAAAAUUUUUAAACUCUGUAAAAGUUUGCUGCUUUUAUAAGUCUUGUUGAAAAAAAUAUGUAACACUGCAUUUUAAAAGUUUAAAUAUUUAUGGAUAUUUGUGAAAAGCUAAAUUAUGUUAAUUAAUGUUAUUACAUGUAAAGCUAAUUUAAGUAUAUUUGUAAUUGUGUGCCAUAAACUUCUCUUGGGGCAGGCUAAGCUAUUUCUUCUUAUUUUAAAUUAAUAUCUGCUGAGCAGCUGUGAGACCAAAUACUUGGAAACAAAGGCCUUUGUAUUGCAUAUUUUCUCAGGAAAUUAAAGGUUUAUCACAUAUAUUUGUAGAAACUUUAUAUCAAUUAUCAAUUUCUGGUAUAUUAUAAGCAGUAGUGUACUGGAGUGGGCUGGCACCAGCUCAUGAGAGCUUAUUUUAAAAUUUUCAGGACCUUUGCACUCUGGUUAUUAAGUAUGGCUAUUUCUGAAUUGGCUAUGGUGGUAGUAUUUACACUACAGGAUCCAAAAACUCUUCUCUGUCCCUGCCUCAGUCCUAGAUCAAUCAAGGAAGGCAAGGAGAGAGUGGAAUUGUUGCACUUUCUAGCAAAAACUCAAAGCAACAGUGAUUUCUCACAGAAAACAGGUUUCUUCACUUCAGGCAGAAGGAUGGCUACCAACAGAUGAUUUCUUAAUUUUCUUGGUGUUUUCAUUUCAGCCUUUGUUUUUAAUGUCUUCUAUUUUCCUCAUCUGCAUUUUAAAACUAGAAUCAAAUGCAUAAUAGUAUCUGGACUGCAGCUGAUUGAUACUUGGAUAAUUAGAGUUAGUGAUCUAAAAAACAUAGAGUUACAUCAGGGAAAUCCUUGCCCAUGUAAGACUUCUUGGCAAGUUAUAGGCAAAAGUGAAAGCUAGGUGUAAUUAGAUUGGGUUACAGUUUGUUCCCAUUCCUGAUGAGUUAGUCAGGCACCUUCAUUCUCUGACUUCCUCCCACCUCAGCCACUCCACCCUGCUUACCACGGAAGCCAGUCCUGACCCAUCUCACACUAAUUGUUCUUUUGCCUUCCAUCUUGCCUCAUUCAAAGCUGGCCCACGGUGUGUUAUAGUACUGUGGAUUAAGCCUCUGCUUCUGAAAAUGGCAAUGGAUUAAAAAGUGAAAGUCUUGUACAUUUGUUAGAGCAAACUCCUUAGGUGAAGUCUAUCUGCAUCUUGGAAAUAAAAUUGCUGCCUUGCUCUGUCCCACUGAGGGAAUUCCAUUUAGGAAAUUCAAUGGGAGCACAUUUUUUUUUAUUAGAGAAGAGAAGUAAACAAGAUUGACUGAUAGGUCAGCAGUUUGAGAAUUCCUCUUCACACAGAAGCUGUAAAUGAUGCCUGGCACAUACUCGUUGCUUGCUCUGAAAGAAUACGCAUUCUAUAACUCUAGGAGUCUCCUGUGAGUUGCAUAUCUACUCAUGGGAGACUGGAAAACAUGCUUUGCCCACACAAGCUCAAAGAGCUUCUGCCCAACUCAUUGUAGAAACAGCCUCCUGUCUCCACUAGUGACCACUGGCUUUUCUCCUCCAGAGAAACAGAUUUCUGGGGAAAGAUUGUAGCCCACUGUCAGUUUUUGCUUUCUUGGGUAGGAGUCAGGUACCAAUUCUUUGUAUAUAUGAAUCAAUAAACGUAUUUCAAAGUUCUCUAA